AUGAGACUUGAAACAGUGUUGAAACUUCUCCCGUGCGUUGUGUUCCUACUCCCUCAUGUGAUGCAUGCUCAAACAGAGCUCCCUCCAGAGUGUGAGCCGGGCGGCCACUCCAUCCUCCAGGACCCCUACCGCAGCACCACCUUCAGCUCCAGCUGGCUGCAGCAGUCGGCCCUGCAGGACUUCAUCUGCGACCACUCCCUCACUCCGGGCUGGUACCAGUUUCAGAUCUUUGACAAGCCGGCCAGCAUGCCCACCCAGUGUGUGGAGGUGAACCACUGUGGGACUCAGGCUCCUGUGUGGCUGUCCCUGGAUGAGGGUGAGUCCCUGCCGGGGCCCCUGGAGGUGAGGCAGCUGACGGCCUGCGCCGCCUGGCAGCUCUUCCCUGGCAUCAGCAAAGACUGCUGCAUGUUCCGCAUCCCGGUCACCGUCCGCAACUGUGGAGACUUCUAUGUCUACCUGCUCCAGCCUACGCAGGGAUGCAUGGCCUACUGCGCUCAGGAGAUGUCGGACACUUCGCCCACAACGUCGCUGAGCUGCGGCCCUGACGGGGUGAACGUCGACGGAGCAUGUCAAACAAAGCAGCCUCCCACUCCGUCUGCACCAGUGAUUGUCUCAGAGGUGACGGGAAACUCCGUCUACCUGAAGUGCAGCUUUGGGAGCAGCUCCAACAGCUCCCUGGGUUACGUGGUGGCCUGGUCCCGCCUCUCUCUUGAGGGCAGGAAGGAGGAGCUCAAACAGGAGACCACCAUCCAGACCUCCGCCUACAUCGAACUGGACGGCUUCAACCUCCGUCUGGGGGACAAGAUUUACUGCUCCAGCUCCAGUUUCUUCUUGGACUCGCCCGACGUCCGUGGUGCUUCAGUGCAUAGUCAGGAGUUCUUUGCUGGGAUUAUGCUAACACCAGAGGUGAGCAGUGUGUCUGAGGAUGGGAGGCUGUAUGAGCUGGUGGUCGAGAGCACAGUUCCUGUCCCGUGUCUGGAGGAGUCGUCCUCCUCCACAGAGCCGUGCACUCUGUCUCUGCAGCUCAGCACAAGCAGCAAAGAUGAGGGUUUGUUGGGAGCCGACCUGUCUCUGUCCUCCUGUGUGGUGGAUCUGUCCCGGGGCCCCUGUAGGGACGGGGUUUGUAGCCGAGCUCUGAUCCACUUCAGCCCCGUCACGGACUUUGUCAAAGAUGGCAACAGGACAACCCAGAUCUCUGUCAAAUCCAUCGUCACGCAGAAUUUUCUCUGGAACGGAUACUCACCAGAACCAGUCGAGAUAACAGUGAAAGAUGUCUCCUCCGCCUACUGCUACUCCUUCACUGAUCCUCACAUCCUCACUUUUGAUGGCAGGCACUAUGACAACUACCAGGUAGGCACCUUUGUUCUGUAUAAGAGCACCGUGAGUCCGUUUGAGGUCCACGUUCGUCAGUGGGAGUGCGGCAGCGUGGUGCAGGCCGCCUCGUGCGUGUGCGGCUUCGUGGCGAGGGACGGCGGCGACGUCAUCGCUUUCGACAUGUGCAACGGGGAGAUGGGUGAGACCAAACCUCACCUGUCUGUGAGGAACAGAGACCUGAGCAAGAGCGGCAUCCGCAUCACCGAGUCCUACCAGGGGCGCAAAGUCACAAUGACCUUCUCCUCGGGAGCGUUCGUUCGUGCCGACGUGUCCGACUGGGGAAUGAGUCUGACGCUGAGAGCUCCCAGUUCAGACCGGAGCCACACUGAGGGCCUGUGUGGGACCUUCGACGGACGGCCGGACAACGACUUCCACUCAGCAGGGGGCGCCACACUGGAGCACCUGCACGAUUUCAUCUCUGCAUGGAGGCUCCCUCCAGGCAGCAGCCUGUUUGACACCAGGCCGUCCCACCUGAGCGCACCGAGCCCCCGCAAGCACUGCAACUGUCAGGCCGGGCCCCGCCUCACAUCUCCCAGAGCCCGAUCUCAACCAGCCACCUCCUCCGACUCCGCCUGCUCCCAUCACGGCAACGCUCACCUCCCCAGUGUCAUCCCCACUCUGGACGUCACGGCCGAGUACAUCGGCUCGGUGGAGCUGCUCAAAGGCGAAGGAAGCGACAGGCAGCCGCUGCCUCCGGGUCGCUCCAGUCACAGCAACCGGGGUCGAGGGGGUGACGCCCGGUCGCGCAGGGAUGGAGCUUCAACCUCGGCUCACAGACGGCCUCAGACCCACCGUUACGUUCCUAACUCUCCUCACCAAAGCCUCAGCCAGUCUGAUCUGGAGGGCUUCACCUACUUUUUCCCAGAGGACCACGAAGCAGUGGUUCCACACGACUUUUCCCUAACUUGGCCCACACCUUCUGGCCUGAGCGAGCAGCAGGCCAGGACUCAGUGCCAGCAGGCCGUGGCGGGCUCGAGCAUAGCGUUGGGUUGCAGGCGCCUGUUAGAGGAGUCGAUGAUCGCCGCGGUAACCAUGUGCAUCACCGACCUACAGCUGAAGGACGAGAAGUCAUGGCUGAACGCAACUGUACCGCUGCUGGAGAACGAGUGUGAGAGGAGGCUAACGGAGGAGAGGAGGAGAGAAAAGGAGUACCAGGAUGUCCUGGCUGUCCUGAAGUGUCCCAAUCUGUGCAACGGGAACGGCCAGUGCUCAGACUGGGGUUGUGUCUGCUUCCCGGGGUUUGGGUCGUAUGACUGCAGUGUGCUUUCUGACCAGAUCCCAGAGAUCACUGAGCUGGAGAAGGAGGGUCUGUGUGACGUGAGACAGGGAGACUGCUCCACCGUCCAGGUCUACGGCCAAGGCUUCAAGGACUCCUACGAGCUCAAGUGUGAGUUUGUGAAAGAAAAGUUGGAGGAUGGGGACUGGGUUCUGGACGAGCCCCAGUUUGUCCUGGCCGUCUUUUUGGAUGCGACGGCUCUGGAGUGCCAGCUCCCCCUGGAGGACAGCCGGGCUCCUGCAGGCCUGGACCUGGAGACGGAGACAAACAGACCACUGGCUCGCUGGCAGAUCAAAGUUUCCAAUGACGGCUACAGCUUCAGUAACGCCAAGAUACUGACUCUGUACGACGGGGCCUGUCAGAUCUGCAGCCUCAACACUGAAGUCCUCUGCACUCUGAGGGAGAAAACCUGCAGCAUUGACGGCCUGUGUUUCGGUGAGGGGGAGGCCAAUCCCAGCAGCCCUUGCCUCACAUGUCGCCCAGACUCGUCCAAACACACAUGGUCCAUAGCGGAGAAGAACGAGCCUCCGGAGCUCCAGUCGUUGCCGUUUCGUCUCCGGUCCUUCCAGGGAGAGAGUUUCAUCUACCAGCUACAAGCUCGGGACCCCGAGGGCUCACCGGUGCUCUUCACCCUGGAAUCCGGUCCCGAGGGUGCAUCUCUGUCUCCGGCCGGCCUGCUGAUGUGGAAGGCCACAGCUGAAACUACAGACACACACACUUUCCAGUUUACUGCGAGGGACGACUGUAACGCUGAAACCAGAGCCUCCAUACAGGUGUCUGUGCUCUCCUGUGAAUGUCUGAACGGAGCUUCCUGUGUGACCAACGCCUCCCUCCCUCCCGGCAGCGGAGAAUACCUGUGUGUGUGUCUCGAUGGAUUCAAAGGCGAAAGGUGCGAGGUGGAUGUGGACGACUGUAAGCCCAACCCCUGCAGGCUGGGCCGCUGCACUGACGGACCCAACUCCUUCUCUUGUACCUGCCCACCUGGAAUGACAGGCCGUACAUGUAGAGAAGACAUAGAUGAGUGCGUCUCUCAGCCUUGUUUCCUCGGGGCGGGCUGUAACAACACGUUUGGCUCCUUCAUCUGUGGAGUCUGCCCACAAGGAUACAGCGGUGACGGGAAAAUCUGCACACGAAACCACGACUCUCCAGCCAAAGCUCUGACCUCACCAGCACGAGUACCGCAGGUUUCGUUGAGGCCCAAACCCUCGGGCUCGUCUGCGUGCUCCAGACAGCCGUGUCACCCAGGAGUUCAAUGUUUCGAGAGCACCCACGUCUCGGCGGGCUUCGUCUGUGGACCCUGUCCUCCUGGUCUCCAUGGAAACGGACAAACAUGCACAACGACAGGUCAGGGGUCGGUCGCCAGCGGAGCAGAUGGUCAUAUUCAUAUCACCAAGGACAUGACUCCCACCUCCUCUUCAUCGUCUCCAUCCUCUCCCAGACGACCCCCUGACAGGCGGACGAGACCUGAAGCCACCGUCUCCAAUGACAGGAAGACCACAGCGACGCCGCAGAAUCAACCUGCCACCAGAGUGUUUCCCUCCACCGUCCACAGAGGUAAGCCCAGCGGGACGGAGCUGAACCCGGACCUCACCACAGGGGUCAAACGGGGGUCACCAUCUCACCAUGUGACCUGCUCCGACGCACCUUGCUUCCCCGGUGUUCCCUGUGAGCCCACCGUCAGCGGGUCCUUCAGGUGUGGACGCUGCCCGUACGGCUACACCGGAGACGGAGUCACAUGUAAAGCCGUGUGCAGGUAUCAGUGUGGGAGGAACAUGGAGUGCACUCUGCCCAACACCUGCACCUGCAAGGGAGGCUACACCGGAUACGGCUGUCAUAUCGCCGUGUGUCGACCCGACUGCAAGAACCAGGGGAAGUGUGUCAAACCCGAUGUCUGCGAAUGUGCCGUGGGCUACAGCGGGCCCACCUGUGAGGAAGCGAGCUGCGAGCCGCCCUGUCAACACGGAGGCACCUGUCUGGCCAGAAACCUGUGUACCUGCCCCUACGGCUACGUGGGACCCAGAUGUGAAAUCAUGGUGUGUAACAGGCACUGCGAAAAUGGAGGAGAGUGUGUCUCUCCUGAUGUCUGCAAAUGCAAACCCGGCUGGUACGGACCAACAUGCAACUCAGCUCUCUGUAACCCCGUCUGUCUGAAUGGAGGAACAUGCACCAAGCCCAACAUCUGUUCCUGUCCCAGCGGCUUCUACGGCUCUCAGUGUCAAAUCGCUGUAUGCAGCCCUCCUUGUAAGAACGGAGGUCAGUGUAUGAGGAACAACGUAUGCUCCUGCCCUGAAGGCUACACGGGAAAGAGGUGUCAAAAGAGUGUGUGCGAGCCGAUGUGCAUGAACAAAGGAAAGUGUGUGGGACCCAACACAUGCUCCUGUGCGUCCGGAUGGAGAGGGAAGAGGUGCAACAUACCCGUCUGUCUGCAAAAGUGUAAAAAUGGCGGCGAGUGUUUGGGCCCAAACACCUGUCACUGUCCCUCCGGCUGGGAGGGUCUCCAGUGUCAAACACCGGUGUGUAGACAGCGGUGCCUGAACGGAGGGAGGUGUGUCCUUCCUGACUACUGCCACUGUCGGAAAGGCUACAACGGCCUCACCUGUGCUGUAAAGGUGUCGCAAGCAUGAUGGGGAAGAAAUGAGAAACGGGUUGAAAGAAGCUGCAAAAUGCACGAAGC